CACAAGAAACCACAAGCGUAUUUACGGAGUUUAAAGUGAACAGUGAGAGUUUUUAAGGAAAGGAAAGCGUCCUGUGAAGAAUCAAGGGAUGAAGUUCCCUGUGGAUCUCCUGGCUGGUGUCAGCCAAUCAGAGGUGGAGCGGUCGGCCCACGCCUACAUGAACAGCCUCCUCUACAGCGACCCUGACUGUCCUGACCAGCUCCGCCUCUCUGACUCCACCCAGGUCACCAUAGAUGUUUCCAGUGUGGGCUUCAUCCCUCUGUAUGGAUCCAGUGAUAAGCAGCGUAUCCUGGCUCUCUUCUCUCCCUCUGACCCCCUCACUGCUGUGGCUCUGUUCCUGCUGGACAGGUGGUGGACGGUGGACGGCCUCCUGCAGACAGGAGACCCUGAACGAGAUGGAGCUAUGGAGGUGGAGACGGUAGGAGAGAGGAUAGUCUUAUACAUCCUCAAUCGUGUCGUGUAUAGAGCCCAGGAGAUGAGCUCUGAAGAGCUCCCCUUCCUCUGCCACGGAGAGAAAGAUCAUGCAAAGAUCCUCUGGAGUCAUGGAGAGGCUGUCGGCUUCUACUCAGUCAAACCCCAAGGUACCCUUUGUAAUUCCUAUUCAACCAGAAGCUAUCAGCUGACUGUCAUGGACUCCAUAUUUGUUAGAAAAGGUCAGCGUGGGAAUGGCUUCGGCCUCCAGAUGCUGGAGGACUUCGUGCUCAGUUCCAAAGAGGACUGUCUGGGUCUGAGGUACCCGCUCACAAAACCCAUGUAUAAAGUGUGUGAGAAGUACCUGUGCCAGUACCCAGAAGACACACAUCUGCUGUGGGAGGUGGAGAGCAUCGGGGCCCCCAACCAGAGGACCAACAUCUCGAGCAGGAUCCAGGCCAUGGAUCAAAUCGCAGUAUCCAAGAGUCUGACAUUCACAGAGGAAUCCCUGGUGAUCACUGAAAUGACUGAAAAGGAUGUGGUGAUGGAGGCAAUAAGCACUCAAAUAAAAGAAGCUGAAUCUAUGGAAUGCACAGUUGAAAUUGUGGAGGAAGUGACCGUACUGAGCGCUACCAAAGUCUCUGAGGCCGAGGUGCCCCUUACAGCCCGGGGAAGAAGCAGUGGCUCAAAACGAAGGAAGACGGCUGAAAAGAUUGCAGAGGAAAAGUCCGAAAAAAUAAUCAGAAUUGAGGAUAUCGAAGCAGAAACCCCCAGAGAGGAGCACGUUGCUGAAUCUCUCCAGACUGAGGAUGUGACCAGUGUUGUGCCUGAAGAACAAGGACAGGAUGUAGUUGAUACAGAAGCAACUAUAUUGGACCAACCAGACGGAGGCGAUGCCCCCCAGGAUCUGAAUACCUGCUCUCAUGACUCUCAGAUAGCUGUUGAGAAUGUGGCGUCGGGAAUCGAGGAAGAUACUGCAGUGCUGCCGCUCUGUGAAGACAUUUCAUUGGUACCCAAGGAAGCAGAAACUCUGCACAGCGUGGAACAGGCAGCAACAGUUGGACAGCAAGUGGUCAGUUUAUCAACACAUGCAGCAGCAGAGAACGGUGAAGCUGAAGAAACAAGAGGAGCCGUUGUAAAGGCCAAAAAAUCUGCGCAGAGUAAAACCCCCAGACGCAAAUCUACCCGUCACAGCAAGCAGGAGGAGGAGGAGGCGAAGGAGGGACCUGCAGCCCAGGAUGGACGGAUCUCUCUGAGAGGAAGAACUGUAGUGAGCACACCCAAAACCACACGGAAAUACACACGACGCAGCCAGAGGGUAAGGGACGAGGUCGAUGGAGUUUCUACACCUGAAGCUGGCACUGAGGGAGAAGAACAGGAGGAGAAGAGCUCCGUAAAAGAGGGUGUGGAUGCGGUGGAAGAACUGGCCGAAGACAAGCUGGAAGAAAAUGAAGAGGAGACAGAGAAACAGCAGGAACAACUGGCAGUGAAGGCGAGCUCCACUGAGCUUACAGCAGAGACCGCAGCAACACAGGAUCACGAGGAGGACAAAGGUACGGAUGAAUGUGAGGAAAAACAAACGGGUGAUGAGGCGACAGAAAAUAAACCAGAUGUCUCUGAGGAGGAGGCAGAGGAGCCUCCUGUUGUACAGAAGAGAGCUCUGAGAGGCAGAUAUAAAGUCGCUACCAAACAAAGCCAAGAUCUUCAAAAGCCAGAGGAGCAGCACCUAGAUGAAGGGGAACAGAAAGCAGAGGAACAAGCAGCAGAUCAACCUAUGGAGGAACGCCAGCAGGUAGAAGAAGAAGAGAAAGCAGACCAAACAGAAGGAGAGACAUCAACCGAGGAAAACACUGUAGCGGUAGAAGAAACUGUUCCAAAGGCAGAGGAAGUUAGUCCUUCUACUGAGGUGAACGUGGAGGGGGUUCAGGUAGAGGAAGAGACUACAGAACCAGAGGAAGAGACUACAGAACCAGAGGAAGAGACUACAGAACCAGAGGAAGAGACUACAGAACCAGAGGAAGAGACUGCAGAACCAGAGGAAGAGACUGCAGAACCAGAGGAAGAGGCAGUCUGUGACACAGCUGCUGCUUCAGAGACAGUCACACCUGAGGAGGUUCCUAGUGAGACUGGAGAGCCUCAGGAGAAGGACAUCAGCUCUGAAAUCCCCAAGCUCCAGAAAGCCACUGUGAUCUUAGUGGACAUAAAAUCAACGAGCUAUCAUCUUAGUGCGAAGGAGGCCGAUGAAGCAGUGGAUGGAGAGACUGCUCGACGCGAAGAGGAGGAUGGAGGGAAGCAGGAACACAUUUCAGAGGGAUCUGCAAAGACUGACGAGAAGCAAGAGCUUGAAGGGCAUUCUGAAAAAGCAGAAGAAACACAAUCUGCCGUUGUGGCAGAGAAAGAAAUGGUUAUUGAAACAAGAGAAGAGAACUCAGCAGAGGAAAGUGAAGGCCACCAGCAGCAGGAGGACGACACCAUGGGGGAGGGUAUUGGUGAGGCGGGGGCAAAGGAAGCAGGCACAGCUCCAGUGGGGUCUGCAGACACAGCAGGAGACCACGCUGAAGAGGGUCUCCCACCAGCGGAGGAAGGAGAGCCAAUGAGCCUGGAAGAGGAAGACACACCAGUUGUAGUGACCAGAGCUCUGAGGAACAGAAGCAAAGGAAGUGCAGCUUCACCAAUACGCAGCACCAGGAGCAGGAAGGAAGUGGAAAACAGUGAAGAAGAGGAAGAACCGGCAGUGACCACACGGACACUGAGACGUGGGAGGAAAGCCAUCUCUGACACACCCAAGGGCAAGUCCAGAAGAAGCCGUAAACGCGUCCAAGAAGAAGAGGAAAGUGUGGAGGAAGCAGGAAUAGAGGCUGAAGAAGAGAUUAAACACGAGGCUCCCUCUGAAAGAGAGGCACGUUUGGAGCCAAAGGAAGGUGUCGAGAAGGCAGCUGCAGAAAAGAGUACUGAUGGAGAUAAUGAAGAAGAAGCAGGGCUGGGACCAACAGAGGAGGACAAGGAGAAAGCCCCAGAGGAGGAUCAGAUGGAGGUGGGGAACGAAGAAGCUGCUGCUGAGGAUCCUUUAGUACCAGAAGGAGAGCCUCACCUUGCUGCUGACUCGGCUGUACUCUCAGCUACUGAAGAAGAGGAGCAACCUAGUGAGGAAACGGCCCCCCAGUUUCCUGAUCUCCAAGAGACACUGCUGAGUGACGCCCAGGAAGAAACAUCAGCUCCGGCUCAGGAGAGUGUUCCUGAGCCGGAGGUGAAGGUGGAAGAGGAGAGAGGGGAAGCAGGGACAGUACAAGCUGCAGAAGAGGAAGACACUUCUAAUGACGUGGAGCAGGAAGCUACAGUCAUCGAAACCAGAACAAGGAGAAGCAGUAGGAAGCAAGCGGCCGAAGCCACGCCAAGAACCCGAGCAGCGAGAAGCAGACAGACAAAGGGGGAUGGAGAAAAGGAGGCAGCUUCUGGAAUCCAGGAGGAGGAACCAGUCAGGGUUCUGAGGAGAGGAAGGAAGAGUAUCCCCUCUGCACACACAACCAGAAAGAGCCCCAAGGAACCUCAAGAAGAAAAAGAAGAAGAGGGGGGAGAGGAGGAGAGGGGGGAGGUUGCAGAGGUAGAGAAAGAGGAGGAGAGGGGGGAGGUUGCAGAGGUAGAGAAAGAGAAGGAGGGGGGAGAGGUAAAGGGAGAGGAAGAAGAAGAAAAGCGGGAAGAGGUUUCUGCAGCAGGAGAUGAAGAGUCAGAGAACGCAGGACAGGCGGUUGAUGAGGAGCAGGGGGGGGGGAGGGGAGGAAAGGGACGAACCUGUCCCAGAGGAAGAGGAAGCUGUUGUAGCGUCAGAGGAAGAGGAAGCAGGCGAGGACACAGAGACUGCAGAAGAAGCUGUCCCAGAGGAAGAGGAGGCUGUUGUAGCGUCAGAGGAAGAGGAGGCAGGCAAGGACACAGAGACUGCAGAAGAAGCUGUCCCAGAGGAAGAGGAGGCUGUUGUAGCGUCAGAGGAAGAGGAGGCAGGCAAGGACACAGAGACUGCAGAAGAAGCUGUCCCAGAGGAAGAGGAGGCUGUUGUAGCGUCAGAGGAAGAGGAGGCAGGCGAAGACACAGAGACUGCAGAAGAAGCUGUCCCAGCACCGGAGACAGUGCAGGAGGAACAGCCAGCCUCUGAAGGAGCAGAGAGUGCACAGGAGACCGUGGAGACAGCAGAGGAUGACAAGGACAAAGGUGCGUCUGAGGAGGAGGAGGAAG